GUUUUUAAGCUGGCCAGUAUCAAACGCUCAAGAUAAUGGCCGCCAAACUUUACGAUUCCAUUAAAUUUCCGUUUCCUUGUGAUGGAUUCCCCAACCUAAUUUUCGAUUUGGCUGGGCCUAGUGAUGUUAAAGAACUGUCCGAAUUCAUCAUGGACGAAUUUUUUCAUCGCUUCCCACUUAAAAAUGUUUUGGAUGUGGAAAAAGAAGUUCGCCCGUGGAUUGGUCAGUACAUCGGUCACGUAUGCACCAAACAAUUCACCUUGAUCCUUCGUGACACCACCAGUGGAAACCGUAUCGCCGCCGCAGCCAUCAACGACCUCGACUACAAGGAUCGGACUGAAGAUGAUAUCAGCCUCAUAUCCUUCGCUGAUCCAGUUGAACGCCCGGGCUGGCAAAAAAUUUGCCGUCUGCUUGCUGAACUUGAACUGGACUUGAACUUUGAUCCUGUUUUAUCCAUCGAUCUAAUGACUGUCAGUCAGGACUACACCAAACGCGGAUUAUCUGCCCUCUGCACCAAAUUCACCGUGGAGCUGGCUAAAUCAAAGGGAAUUGAAAUGAUUAAAGUCGAAGCUGUCAGCGAAUUCAUGGCUUUAGGGUUAAGCAAGAUGGGUUUUGAAGUCAUGAAAGAAGUUGACUACAACGAGCUGGAGAUUGACGGAGAGAAACCGUUUGCCACAACAAGCAUUCAUCAAAAAGCUAAGGCAUUCGUCUUUAAAUGUAAUUAAAGAAGAAUCCUUUCAG